CUGGUCCCUUGCGACAUCCCGCCUUUCAACAUACAUACCGCAAAAAGAACAUUGUUGCGCGUUUUCGAAUAAUUGAGUUUUUCUGCCACAAUGCCUUCCAAAGCAGUUAAUUAUCCCCUGAACACCCAGCAGAAGGAGCAGGACAUCAACCAAAAGCUGCAGCUCUAUGGGAUCUAUCAAGCUUUCAAAAAUGGCAAGCUCCCAUCGAACAAACAAUGCGACGUUGCUCUGAACAGCGCUCUCACUUCCAAGGCCCUCUCAUCGCCGUCCCAAGAACUCUCCGGCGAAGGCCAGGCUCUGGUCAAGGAUCUCCGACAUGUUAUAGAACAUGCUAAAAAGCUCGUACUUAGCAAGAACGAGGGCCAGCUCUUGCAGGAGUUCCUUUGGGAGGCACAGAACAUCUCCUCCGGGGACACGGAGAAACCAGGUGUGCCUGUAACCAAGGACUCGGCCCAGCAAGAUGCACAGGAGGCAUUGGAAGGUCUAAAGACCCUUGGCAGGCUUCUGAUCACCAAUGGGGAGUUCCGGAAACUGCUAAAUGAUGCUAUGACCCUUGCACGUGAUAUGGCUGGCGAUGUUUCCCAAAAGGCCGCGGACCGGGUUAGACCGUCGGCGGAUCAGCUUGCUCAGAUUGACGAACCGGCCGAAGAGAAUGUAUGGCACGAGCAGCCUGACUUCUCAAAGCACAAGGAUCAAUUUAGAGCUCGCUUCAAGAGAAACAAAGACGAAGUCGCCGAUACCACGGCCCAGGCUGCCACCCGUGGUCAAGAGCCCUCAUCAGUGUCGGACGUUGAUGCGCGUGCUGGUGUUGCUGCCGGGGCAGAAAGGGCCCAGCAAAAAGCUUCCGAAACUGUCCCCGAAGAGACAAAGGGUCGUGCUCGUGAAUACAGAGAGAGGACCAAGGGUUACCUGUCCGAAAAGGUGCCUCAGGAACGCCGGGAGCAAACCAUUUGGCGCUUGAAGAAGAUGGUUAUUGAAGUACAAGGUCAUUCGGAUUACCAACAGGCGAUCCGAACUCUUCUUUCCAUGGCUGAGAAGUAUGGUGGCCAUACACGGAAUUUGUCUCAACAGGGUGCUGGAUCAGUUCAGGGCUUCAGAAGCGGGGACAAAAUCCAGAGAAUGGAGACCAAUCUAAGAACUUUGCUCGAGCGUUUUGCCAACAACACGUCCCUUGAUAACCUCUUUGACUCGCUGGACAACAUCUAUCGGGAUGCGGAUAGGGACCCCGAGCUUAAGGGUUGGUUCAAGAACAUGGACACAUUCAUCCGGAAAACCCUCACGGAGCAAGGCUAUAUCAUGGAUGACGAUUGCACUCGCCAGUGGGAUCAAUUGACGGAUCAUGGCCGUUACCUAUUGCGUGACCGCUACAGGGACCACACCGAUCGCAUCCUCGAUGAGAUGAAGUUCAUUGGCGACCAGUUCAAUAAGGACCCUCAAAAUAAGGCUUUCGGGGAUUCAGUGCAGAAGCUCUUUGAUGACCUUGGCCGCGACACGAGCGGUAACAUGGCAUUUAAGAAGCACCUCCUCAGAGACAUAAGGGAUGUCAUUUUGCCGGCUAUCCUUGAGGAUGUUCGCUACGUCCCUGUUCCACGCAUUGAAGUGUCCGAUCCCUCAGCCGAUGUAGUUGUGGAAAACCUCGUCAUCGAAAGUGAUAACUUAAUGCCCAACGUUGUGGAAUUUGGCAGCGAUAACUACUUCCGAUGGGGACGCAAGAAGAUCAGCAACAAGAGAGACAACAAGGUUUUGAAGAUCAUGAUUUCGGUGUCUGGCAUCCAAGCUGACCUCAGAGAUGUGAGUUACUACAUCAAUCGAAAACAGGGAUUCCCUGCCAUCACGGACACUGGAGUUAUGGAUAUCUUCUUGGGUGGUGAAGGCUUUGGAUUCAAGAUUGCAGCCUCUACCGCUCAGAAGGAAGACCGUCAGAACUAUAUUAAGUUGGAAAAGGUGUCCGUGAAGAUCGAUUCCUUCAACGUCAAAUUGAAGCAAUCGAAACACAAGACACUUUUCACCAUCUUUAAGCCAUUGCUGUUCCGGGUUGUCCGUCCAACCCUGCAGAAGGUACUGGAACAGCAAAUCCGGGACGCUUUUGCCAAGGGAGACGCCUUUGCAUACGACAUUCAAAGUGAGGCGAAGAAGGCACAGGAAGCUAGUAGUCAGGAUCCUGCAAACGCGCCAAACAUCUACUCUCGCUACCUGGAUGCCUUCCGCGCUAGGAACGAGGACAAGAGACGAAAGGCGCAGGAGAUUGCUAAGCGUGACACCAAGGUGCAGACAGCUACUACCCUUCACGAGUCCCUCUUCCCUGAGAUCAAGCUCCCUGGUGGUAUCACCAGCAAGGCCACUGAGUACAAGGAGCUUGCGAUGAAGGGAGAACGCUGGGAAUCUCCCAUAUUUAGCAUUGGGAGCGCCUCGGAGUCCACUGAUAUCCCUAAGGCGGGCGAGAUUUCUCGCAAGCGGGCUUCACCUGCUGAGAAAGGCGGGGUCGACGGAGUAACCAAUGGUGGAGCGACCAGCAAUGGUGUCACGGCCCAAAAUGGUGUCACUAACGGUAGACACACAAAUGGAGGAGCGACCAACGGCACCACAGCUGUCACCGGCGCACCAACCAUGACGAACAGAGGCGGAAAAGCUAUGGAUGGGCGAGUUACGAAUGGCAGACAUGCUGUUCCUGACUCGAACGGACAUGCCAAGGCAUAUGACCACGCAGCAGCAUCCCAAAAAUUCUCUGAUGAAGUCAACCAAGCUUUCAGUAACGGACACGCUGGGACUGGUGCUCACACCACGGUCCGAGGGGCCGAAACUGCUUUCAAUCCCCAGACUGCAUAGGUUCAUGGCAGAGAAAGGUCGAGUUGAGCAGAUGGAUCAAACUAUCUACGCCAUCCUUUCUUGUCUAAGGUACUCAAGUAUCUCUUUCGUCUGUUAUCUUGCCUGUAUGGUGUGUACUUUUUGAUACCUUGUUUACGACUGUCGAUUUCUCUUUCAUAUGUUAUCCAAACCUAAUCUUGUCAUUAGU